AUAGACCAGGCAAAACAGGCUGGUCUUUUCAUGCAGUAUAUUUAAGAACCUACAACAUCUAACUAAAAGUCACUACUUUCCUGGCGACUGGCUCCUUCUGAUUGAUUCCUUGGAAGGUGCAGGAGCACUCAGAGUGCGCCAAAAUGAAGGUGUUUGCCCUGGUGAUCCUGUUAGUCAGCAUCUACUCCAUGGAAGGUGCUGUAGUGAAACGGCAAGCUGAAGGCGGCGCUCCGGACCCCGCCCUCGGAGAGCUUCUUGAAAGCGUCAGCCAGACUGUCUCUCAGUACUUUACUGAAGAACUGGUGAAUGAGGCAAAGAUAGAAGGACUUAAAGCCCAAGCAGCGACUUACUUUCAGCAGUUAAAGGAGCAGCUGAAUCCUACCGCCCUCACUGAACAAUUGAGGGAGAAUACUUCCCAAUUCUUCACCAAGCUGGUGGAGGCCCUCAAGAAAGGGACCCAGUAAGGAGCGGAAGCUGCUUCCAAGAGCCCUCACCCCCCCUUCCGCCGAAGGGGAAACUAGGGGAAAUCUAGCACCUUCUUGUAACCCAAAGACUAAUCGGACCUCACUCUAGUUGUAAUAAAGGCACUGUAUUAACACUUA